AUGCCCCCCUACCCUUUCGAAAACCCGCGCCCCGUCGUCCUCGGCCUCGCCAUCGUCGGCAUCCUCUGGAUCCUCCUCGCACCGGGCAACGGCGGCGCUUCCCUCUUUUCCGCCUCCGACCUCGCUAUCCAGCGCCUGCGGAGGCACCAGCAUGCGCUCGACCUGCUCAACACCUCGAAUUGGGGCGACUUCGUCCCGCGUCAGAACGGCUCGUCCGCCGACCUGCUGCCUAGGUCCCUCAACCUUACGGGCUUCCGCGCCGAAGACGGGUUCGCAUGGGACGACCUUGAGCGGUUCCAGGAGCGAUGCCUGGAGUGGAGUCACAAUGCAAUCCCGCCCGUCGGGGGUGUGAACCUCUGGGAUAUUGGCGAGGGCGAGGCCGUUUGGCAGAACGCCACGGGCGCUGUCAAGGGGACGUGGGUACGCAAGGAGGCCAUGUCGAAGAGGGAGUGGACGAGCUACAACCUGAGCGCCAUCACGCCGAGUUUGCAUUGGAGCGGCUCGCAGUCGGAAUGGGCGAGGAAUAUCACGGGCGACGAGGGCAAGAUCUUGAUGGACCUAGUCGACACGGGGAAGCACGGGAGGGAGAUCUCUUACCAGGGCAUUGUCGAGGACGGCGUCGCCUCGUCCGGAGGCAAGGUCCGCAGCGCCAAGGCUUCCGUCACAAUCGAAGACGUCAAGGGCAGCGGCGUCAACUGGGAGAUGCGGCUGCACGGCGUUCAGUGGCCGCGUCAGGGGACCAUUCUGCUGACCACGACUAGCGAGAAGUUUGACGGCAUCUUUGGUCUGCCCCAUCUAACGCCGAGCUCCGACUUUUUCCAGUCGAGCCAGCGUCUUCUCAACGUGACGCUGGCCGAGGUAUUGCGAAGGAAGGAGAAGGAGGUGUUCAACGACGGCGUGAUGCCGUGGACAUCAGACUUGUCCAACCCGCCAGACACGCUCAAUCCGGCGCCGCAUUGCGAGUACAUUAUGUACGCCCAGGUGCACCCUCCGGACAGGAGUCAUCUAAACAUGAAGGGUUUCCGCCCGACCAGAGAAGGCAUGGCGAAAAUCAUCAGCGACAUCGAGCAGGAACUCCGGUUUCCAGAGGGUGCGCCCAUCCGUGGUGUUCCGGAGCUACAGCUUUCCGCCAUCAUCUGGUCACCCGACUGCGCCUUCUUCCUCGAGACAAAAGGACCCCCGAACUUUGCUCCCGCGGACGGGCAACAUCUUCAAGGCAUGAAGACGGAGAUCAUAUACCAUAAGAUAAGGAUAUGGAUACUCCUCUUCGCCGUGGUGAUUCUCAGCCAGGCACUACUGCUUAAGCAACAGAUGAAGGAAUCGGCGACGCCGUCGACCAUGGGUCGCAUUAGCUACUCGACGAUUAGUAUGAUGGUCAUGGUGGACGGCGGCAUCUUCGCCGCCGCGUCCAUGUGGGCGCUGGACGCCAGCAUCACGUACUUGGAGUCCCUGUCGCUCCUCUUUGCUGCGUUUCUGUCCAUGUCUUUGGGCGGCUUUUUCCUGGCGGAAAUCCACAAAGUGCAAGAACCCGAGAACAGGCGGCGGGCCGAGAGAGAGCAGCACGCCAACAACGACACGCCGCGCACGCCGGCACCGACCGUCGAGCCCGGCUCCCUCCCGCAGCCCGUCACUGCAGGGCCUCGCAGGAGAGCGCCGUCGCCCCCGAUCAUUGUACCCUUUGAUCAGGACAUCGACGCCGAGUUGGCGGACGCCGCGAGCGGGGCGGCUGCGGUCCCAACAGCGGGCACCGGGGCAGGCGGCGGCCACCGCAUCGGGCCCGAGGUCACGUUCCAGGCGGUCAUCUUCCGCUUCGCCAUGAUCGUCUCCCUGAUCCUCCUUGUCUCCAUCGCGUCGACGUCCUGGUACCCGCGCGUGCGCAACUUCUUCGUCAACAGCGUGGCAAUGGUCUACUUCUCCUUCUGGGUGCCCCAGAUCUACCGCAACGUUCUGCGGAACUGCCGCCGUGCGCUCACCUGGCAGUUCAUGAUUGGCCAGUCGGUCCUGCGGCUGCUCCCCUUCGCCUACUUUUACGUCUACGAGAACAACUUCCUCUUCGCCGAGACGGACCGCCGGGCGUUUCUCAUCUUCUGCGCCUGGCUCUGGGUUCAGCUCUGGAUCCUAGCGUUCCAGUACGUCCUCGGUCCGCGCUUUGGCAUCCCCAAGAGCUGGACGCCCGAUGCAUGGGACUACCACCCCGUCCUGCGCGAGGACGGCCUCGAGGCCGGCGGGCUGCCGAUCGGCCUGCUGUCCGAGCCCGGCUCGCCGUCCCUUGAUCGGGUCCGAUCAGGCGAGGACAAGGACAGGAAGAGCGGCAGCAACCUGCGCGCGAUCGACUGCGCCAUCUGCCGCGAGGUGCUUGAGGUGCCCGUCAUGCGGGCCGGCGAGGAGGAUCCCGCGGCCGGCAGCGUCGUGGGCGUCUUCACGCGGAGGAACUACAUGGUCACGCCAUGCCGGCACAUCUUCCACAGCGCCUGUCUGGAGGGGUGGAUGCGGUUCAGGUUGCAGUGCCCCAUUUGUCGGGAGGAACUACCUCCUUUGUAG